AUGAUUAAUGAUCAUCGUUGCGAAUACGUGGUCGAGCAAGAACAGUUCACCUAUGAAAUUGUCAUUCCCCGAUCGUUACGAUUAUCAAGAUCAUUUUCAUUCGUACCUGACUGGAAAACUCGAUUAAGAGAUAACGAUCAAACAAGUCUUACCUCAGCUAUUCGUCGCCAUAAGCGUUCAUCAGAAACAUUUACUAUUGAUCAAAAUAAUAAGACAGUAUAUUAUCGUAUUCAUGGCUUUAAUCGAACAUUUGAUUUAAGUUUAGUUGAAGACGAAACUUUUCUAGCACCAUCUUUUAUUACACAAUAUUUUGAUCAUGAUCGUACUUGGACAACCAAAGAUAUUGAACAUUGCUUCUAUAAGGGUUAUGUCAAUCGAAAUCCUUUAUCAUCUGCAUCAAUUAGUUUAUGUCAUGGCUUGUUGGGCACAUUUUUGUAUAAGGAUACAGAAUAUUUUAUUGAACCAAAACAUCACGAGAAUGAUACUCAAUGGAAUUUCGAACAUCUAUUUUAUACACAUAAAGAUUCGAUAUUAUCAUCGAACGAUGAUAAUCAAACAGUACGAUGUCCUGUUACUGGUGAACCAUAUUUUGAAAAAUAUCAAGCCUAUCCUCAUUACCAUCGAUCCUCAAAACAACGAUUGCGACGAUAUAAAAAUAAAGCCUCUUCCAAAAAUUUUUCUUCCAAAUCUUCCUUUGCAAAUCCCUCGAUUAAUAAUUUAUUAAAUGAUUCUACUCAUAAGAAUAAUAAUCAUCAUGUAAAACGCCGAGCUAAACGUCAAUUUGAUUUCGAUCCUAUGGCUAAACAUGUUGAAGUACUUGUUGCUUAUGAUCAAUCAAUAAAAGAAUUCCAUUCAGAUGCUGAUAUCAAAUCAUACAUUCUCACACUUUUUAGCUAUGUGUCACAUCUAUAUUCUGAUGCAAGCAUUGGUAAUAAUAUCAAAAUAUGGCUUGUUAAAUUAGUCGAUUUAGGACCAGAUAUUACUGAAUACAUCAAAUCUAGUGAUGAUGCAGCUGAUAUAUUAGGUAGAUUUUGUAAAUGGCAAAAAGAUUAUAAUACUCCGGGUACAUACGAUGCAGCUGUUCUUCUUACAAGAACACCUUUAUGCAAUAAACGCUCUAAAAAUGUAACUGAUAGCAAAUGUGACACAUUAGGAUUAACUGAAUUAGGUACAAUGUGUAAUUUUACAUCGAACUGUGCUGUUGUACGUGAUAAUGGAUUUGCUACUGCGUUUACUAUUGCUCAUGAAAUUGCUCAUUUAUUCGGUAUUCGACAUGAUAAUGAUAAAGCAUGUCUAGAUCAUACUACAGAACAAAAUAUUAUGGCUACUUCGUUAACAUUUAAUCAUAAUCAUUAUAAAUGGUCAAAUUGCAGUCGUCAUUAUUUUAAUCAAUAUUUAGAGUCUGAUCGAUAUCGAUGUUUAAAUAAUAUACCUGACUAUAAAUCAGAAUCAUUCGAGCGUUUGAAUAAUGAACAAACAGCCCGUGAAUUGCCUGGUCGUUUUAGUGAUCUCAAUGAUCAAUGUCGUCGAGCAUUUGGUGUUAAUUUCGAAUACUGUCAAGUUUUAAUGCACGGACCAAAAUGUAAUCGUCUUUAUUGUCGAGAAAUGUCCUCAAAUUCAUCAUCAUGCAUAACUAAUCAUGCGCAUUGGUCUGAUGGAACCUUAUGUUCUGAACCAAGGACAGAAACGAAACGCUGUGUUCGUGGACAAUGUCGAAGCACUCAAGAUCUUCAAGUAAUAAAUGGAAAUUGGGGUGAAUGGUCAUCAUGGUCACCAUGCACACGAACAUGUGGUAGUGCCGUACAAAAAUCACAACGUUUUUGUGACAAUCCAAGGCCAGAAAAUGGUGGUCAAUAUUGUUCGGGUCAAUCGACACGAAUACGAUCAUGUGAAAAUAAUCCACCUUGUAAAGAUCCUGUUGAUAUGUUUCGUCAGCGCCAAUGCUCUAUCUUUAAUAAUCGCACUAUUGACCCAUUGCUACCAGUUGGUGUACGAUUUGAGCCAAAAUACAAUGUAUUACCAAGUGAAAGAUGCAAAUUAAUUUGUAAAGUAUCGGAUGAUCGGCUCGAACGAUCUUUUGUUCUUGGCGAUCGUGUUGAAGAUGGAACCCCGUGUGGACGCGAAGAUGAAACAAGAGAUAUUUGUAUUAGUGGCGUUUGCAUGCCUAUUGGUUGCGAUCAUAAAUACGCAUCAAAUGCUACCGAAGAUGUUUGCGGUGUAUGCAAUGGUCAAAAUCGAACAUGCAAACCAACUAAUGGACGAAAAAUGGUUUCAGAUUUUGGCAUAACAAAUAUUAUUGAUAUACCUAUUAACACAACACGUGUAAUUGUCACACAAAUAUCAUCAGGCAAUGAUCGUUAUUAUUUAGCUGUAAAACAUAUCAAUGGAACAUAUGUUCUUAAUGGAAUGCAUAGCCUUCAAUUAUAUAAUGUUAAAAUUCGUAUUGGCGGUGCAACACUUUUUUAUACGGGAUCUGACUCGGGCAACGAAACAGUUCUAAUAACUGGCCAUCUUAAAGUUCCAUUAGAAAUUCAAGUCAUAUCAAUUUAUCAGGCUGGUGCACCAGCUACUUUAGUUAUAUGGGAAUAUUAUUCUCCACUUGAAGAAGGUGAAUUAGCACAACAACACGGAGAUGAAUCAUCAGAUUUUCAUUGUGAUCGACCAUGUCAAGGUUUUAAACAAGUCCGAAAAUGUAUUAUACAUAGACGUGAAUAUGAUUUAAUCUAUUGUUCAACUUAUAAAACACCCUAUACAUAUGAAAAAGAACGUUGUAAUGAUGAUUGCGUUUUAAGUUGGACUACACGAUAUCAACAAGCAUGUUCAACUCGAUGUAGUGAUGGAUAUAAACGUGUAAUUUACGAGUGUACAAAAACGAGUUAUACAGAACGAACUAUGGAACCUAUGGAUGAAGAUAUUUGUCGAAAACAUGUUGGAGAAAAACCGAAAGAUGUUGUUUCAUGUGUUGGUGAUUGUACGGGUACUGGUUGGGUUUACGGGCAAUGGGGUGAAUGUCAUUAUGAUGGUGGUUGUUUACGUAAGCGUACAGCUGAAUGCUACAAUGCAUCAAAUUUACCAACAUCAUCUCAUUAUUGUGUAUCCGAUUUUAUUUUCAAUACUGAACGAUGUGUCGAAUCAGCUUGUGAUCAAUCUCGAUGGAAUUUUACUUCAUGGACGGAUUGUGAUUGUAGUUUACAACUACGUCAAAGAAGUGUAACAUGUGUUCGUCUUGGUCAAACAGUACAUGAUCGAGAAUGUAUUCAUGAACCGAAACCCGAAACAACAGUUGCAUGCUAUGAUGAAUGUCGUACACCACAUUGGCAAACACAGCCAUGGGAACCUUGUACGGCAACAUGUUCAUUACAUAAAGGCAUUCAUCGCCGUCGUAUUAUUUGUUCGCAUCAUGGUUCAAUAGUACCUGAUGAUUAUUGUGAUCGGCGAUCAAAACCAAUUGAACAAGAAUGGUGUACAACAAAUGUUAGUUGUACAACAUGGUCUUUGAGUGAAUGGUCACCUUGUUCUGUUACAUGUGGAACAGGUAUUCAACGACGUACUGUACAAUGCCAUCAAGAUGCUCGACCUAUGGAUAAAUCAAAAUGUCCACAACCCAUGCCCGUCGAGCAGCAAGCAUGUACUUCAUUAAGUAGUGUUCUUUGUUCCACAAUACGUUGGUCAGCAGGACCAUGGGCUGAUUGUUCAGCAACAUGUGGGAUCGGUAUUCAGCAGCGUAGUGUUUAUUGUGAUGAUCCAUCACGUCCUUGGGUUCGAAUACCCGAUAGUGAUUGUUUAACAUUACUAGGUGAAAACGUAAGACCAAGUCAACAACAGAAUUGUUCUAUUACCGAUUGUCCUGAAUGGCAAAUAAGCCCAUGGAAUAAAUGUUCCGGAAAAUGUGAUGCAGCCGAGCGCCAUCGACGUAUAUGGUGCUCACAUAAUGGACGUGAACUUGACGAUAAUUAUUGUUUACAACUUGAUAAUGAAAAACCAUCAACCACAGAAAUGUGUACCAGAGACGUCUAUUGUCCUGAUUGGGCAAUUGGAAUGUGGUCGGAGUGUUCGGGUCCGAUGUGUGCAUCCGGUAUGCAAUAUCGACAAGUUGUUUGUCGACAAGGACAUGAAACAUUAUUAAAUAUACAUUGCGAUGAAACAAGACGUCCAUUGGAAUUACAAGCAUGUCAUACGUGGAAUAGUACGAUUUGUCAAAAUAUACGACCACUAAAUUCUAUAGAAAGUUCAUCAUCAUUUAUUUGGGAUGUGAAACAAUUUGGAGCAUGUAGCGUAACAUGUGGAAUUGGACGUCGUUUACGACAAGUUCAUUGUACGAAUGCUCUAACAAAAAUGCCUUAUGAUGACAAACAUUGCGCACAUUUACCAAGAAAACCUAUUGAAUAUGAAACUUGUGAUUUAGAAGUUUGUCCCUUGUGGAGUACAGAACCGUGGUCAUCGUGUUCGGUAACAUGUGGUUCUGGUGUUCAGAAACGUUUAGUGAUGUGUAAAAAUCGAGAAGAAAUGGUUUCACCAGAAAAAUGUAAUGGUCUUAACAGGCCGGCAACCACUAUUCAGUGCCAUAUGCUAACUUGUCCAUUGGGUUCUAUUAAAAAUAAUGAUUUUUUGCAAUCAUCCACAAUAUGGAUACCAAGUGAAUGGGCACAGUGUGAUCUUAAUACGUGUAUACAAACACGAACUACUCGGUGUAUUGAUUCAAUGACUGGUCAACUGUCACCAACAUGGGAAUGUACAAAAAAUCAACCUCAACCAUUAUUAAAUCGAGUAUGUCCAACAUCAGCCUGUGUAGAAUGGCGCGUAGCUCAUUGGAAUGGCUGUUCGGUUAAAUGUGGUCGUGGUAUUGAAAUUGGUUUUGGUCUUGAUUGCUUUACUCGUCAGAUUCCGAUACGUAAAUUAAAUGCAAGUGAAUGUGAAUUAGCUGAACCUCAUUUGCCUAAACCUGUUGCAAGACGAGUAUGCCGUCGACGUUGUAUAGAAUGGCGAACAAGCAGUUGGUCAGAGUGCGACGCCAAAUGCGGUUCAGGCAAAAGAACUCGACAGAUAACAUGUCACCGAAAAUUAACUGGGAAACAAAUACCUAAUCGUUUUUGUAUGAAUAAUCGACGAAAUUUAGUAAGACCAAUAACAGAUGAAAUAUGUACAAAUGGUCCUUGUUAUGAAUGGAUUCAAACACGGCAAUGGACUCCAUGUUCGGCAUUGUGUAAUGGGGGCUACGAAGAAAACAUUCCUCAAUGCGUUUCAAUUGUAAAUGAUACUCAACAAAUAGUGAAUGAUCAAUUGUGUAAUGAUACCAUUCGACCACAAACACGACGUAUUUGCAAUAGUGAACCAUGUUUACCAAGUUCGUUCAAUAUAAAACGACGUCGUGGUCGUCGAUGGGAUGUUGGUCCAUGGUCAUCGUGUAACGUAUCAUGUGGUGUUGGUGAACAAUACCGUAGAAUUCGAUGCUUGGGUAUCACUGAUGAUCGAAUACUAAAUAAUCGUUAUUGUCGACAUAUACCUCAACCAAAUCGUGUACAACAAUGUUUUCAAGUUGCAUGUUCACCUAUGUGGGCAACAAGUGCAUGGUCAUCGUGUUCAUCGAUUUGUGGUGCGGGUAUUGAAUAUCGAAGUGUAUCGUGUCAUGAAGUAAAUAAUAAUGGAUAUUUGAUGUUAAAUAAACAUUCAAAUAAAUGUGAUCCAUAUCGAGCACCAACGACUCGAAUAUCGUGUAAUAUGGGCGAUUGCGAAAGUCCAUAUUUAUGGCAUGUGGAACCAUGGUUACAAUGUUCAUCGGAAUGUAGUCGAGGUGAACAAACUCGUAAUGUUUAUUGUAAAAAUAAACAAACAUCUGCACCGGUAAAUGAUCGUUUUUGUAUUCCACAUAAGCCUGUUACACGUAUCGAUUGUUAUGGAUUCUUAUUUGAUAUUAGUCAAAGUACAAAGAGGUAA